AUGGGUCGCUCACUAGUCCUUGCGACAUGGGUAUCACUUCUAGCCGUUGUUAGUGCGCAAUUUAAAUGCAGUUUGCCCGCAGGUGAUAUUUGCGCCUACGAGAACGCCACCACCUACGCGGCAGGGCUCAAUGGAACGACAUUGAGUGUUCCGUACGCUUUUUACAUUGAUAGCAAUGAAACUCUAGACGAGUUCACUGACUAUGUUGGCGCUUCGACAUUUACCACCGAUAUCCCACCUGUAUGUGCGUUCCGUGUCAACGGAACCAAUGAACAGGGCGCGACUUGGGGCUUGGGAGCACUUCUUCCUACCCACUUCAAUGGCAGUAUCAUGAUGGCAGCCCCCGACUCUGGACUUUCAUGGGGCGUAGCAAGUGCAGGCCUGCGCUACGCCUUUGCCACCUUCGCCUCCAACUCCGGUCACGACGAGCCAGACCACGCUUCAGGCUGGGAGACUCCCAAUGGUCUCAUUGACUGGAGCCACAGAGCACUGCACCUAUUUACCCUUACCGCCAAAGCUAUCGUAAAGGCCUGGUACGACGUGGAACCCAAAUACAGCUACAUCACCGGAUGCUCCGACGGAGGCCGUCAAGUCAUGAAGUCCAUCCAGACAUACCCCGAAGACUACGAUGGUGCUAUGGCGGGCGCGCCAACCUGGUGGAUGACACACCAAGCAUUUUACAACUACAAGCAGACAACUAUCGGCGGCGCACCCCAAUCAAACUCCUCAAUCCCACCCUCAUUAUACCCAGUCAUCACGGACGAGGUCCUCCGCCAAUGCGAUCCCCAAGACAACCUCACGGACUCCAUCAUAUCGAACCCACAAGGCUGCUUCUUCAACCCCGAAACUCUAGCCUGCAGCAGUAACAAAACAUCCAACUGCCUGACCGCACCACAACUAGAUACCCUCCGCAAGAUCUACACCGACUGGACGACCUUCGACCAAGACCUCAUCUACCCCGGUGCAUGGUUCGGCAGCGAACCCACCUGGAAUACGACCUUCGGCAAUCAGCACUCCAAAUCAUGGUACAUCGAAAACGUCCUCGGCUUCAAGAACCUCACAGCCCAGGACCUGACAUACGAACUCAUCGUCGAGGCAGACGCGCGUAAUCCCGCCCACGCAAACGCAGACGACUUCGACCUGUCUCCUUUCUUUAACCGAGGCGGGAAAUUUUUCCACUGGCACGGCAUGUCGGACUCGGUCGUCUCACCGGGUUCAAGCGUGUAUUAUCACCACAAAGCCACGUAUGCUGCGUUGGAGAAGGGAAUCGACAUCGACCAACAUUAUCAGCUUUACUUGAUUCCGGGAUUAGAACACUGCACCGGCACCCCUACCUGCAUGUCCGCCCUAUGGUACCUAGCCGGGCCAUACCAAGCUGGGAAUUUUUUCAACUUCACCCCCGCCAACGUUGUCGAUAACUACGUUCAUGACUCUUUCCUUACGCUUAUUAGUUGGGUAGAGGGUAGUCAUGCGCCGUCGUAUAUGGUCACCACGAACUUUGAGGAUAAUGCGGAUCCGACAACGCUGCUUCAUAAUCGGAAGAUUUGCCCGUACCCGAAACAGGCGAAUUGGACGCAGACUGGUGUGUCGACGCAUGAGGAUUAUUGGGAUUGUGUUGAUGUGUAA